GACCAGCUUUGUGCCUGCAGUGAGAUAAGCUCUGUGCAUGCAGUGAGAUAAGCUCUGUGCAUGCAGUGAGACCAGCUUUGUGCCUGCAGUGGGACCAGCUCUGUGCAUUCAGCUCUGUGCCUGCAGUGAGACCAGCUCUGUGCAUGCAGUGAGACCAGCUUUGUGCCUGCAGUGGGACCAGCUCUGUGCAUUCAGCUCUGUGCCUGCAGUGAGACCAGCUCUGUGCAUGCAGUGGGACCAGCUCUGUGCCUGCAGUGAGUCCAGCUCUGUGCCUGCAGUGAGACCAGCUCUGUGCCUGCAGUGAGACCAGCUCUGUGCAUGCAGUGGGACCAGCUCUGUGCCUGCAGUGAGUCCAGCUCUGUGCCUGCAGUGAGACCAGCUCUGUGCCUGCAGUGAGACCAGCUCUGUGCCUGCAGUGAGACCAGCUCUGUGCCUGCAGUGAGACCAGCUCUGUGCCUGCAGUGAGACCAGCUUUGUGCCUGCAGUGAGUCCAGCUCUGUGCCUGCAGUGGGACCAGCUUUGUGCCUGCAGUGAGACCAGCUUUGUGCCUGCAGUGAGUCCAGCUCUGUGCAUGCAAAUGACAGAAGUGAUGAACACUUGUGAACCAGCGAUGGAAGAAUUCACGCUAAGUGCCACGUCGGGGGCAGAGGGACAUGCUGUUCAGAUCUUCCCAGACUCCCAUGACAAGCACCCUAAGCUGACCAAGCGGUUACCGUCAAUAGUGGUGGAGCCCACUGAAUCUGGAGACGUGGAGAGCGGAGAGCUGCGUUGGCCUCCAGAGGACAUCUCGCCUACAGAUGACAAAGCAAAGUCCUGCAAAGGGUUUUCAGACGUAGAAGGUGCCGCGCGUUCUACCCAUGAAGAGGAACAUCACGCCGGAUGCAGGGCGGGCGGAAAUUCUGCUAAUUAAAAGCUUUAAAUAUUGUCUGUUUUUUUUUUUUUAACGUUCUCUUCCACAUGAGAAAAUGCUUUUUCCGGGCAUGAAUAGAACAGAGAGUCAGCCAUUAAGUAUCAGUGGAGUAGUUAGCGCUUGUAAGCAACCGUUGGGACUACACUGAACUGUUCCGGCAGCCUUCCUGGAAUCGGGCACAGUGCAUUCUGCGUACAGUAGUUCCUCCUAAUUUAGGAUUGAAGUUUUUAGCUAGCCAGCGUGUGAACAGGAGAUUUUAGCUCUUACUGUCUCAGCCAAGCACUGCAAUAACUAAUAACGCGGAAUCGUGCAAGGCUUCACGCAGUGUAUAAAUCCCUCUCGGAAUUGCACAUGCCAUGAUUUCCCUGCUGCCUACAUUUAAAAAAUCAUUUGAAAUCCUAUACAUGUUGUCAUAAUAUCAUCUUCUAGGGAUCGGGAAACAAAAUUCUAUCCUAUUUGUAAAUAGCUUUUCAUUUUAAGAAUCUAUAGAAAAAAAUGUAUCCUUCUCACUUAAGAUGUGAUUUCAUCAUAUAUUAAAGGUGGUAGCAAAAAAACAUUUAAAAGCGCUUACAUGAUUUAUUAAACCCAUCCCACAAAUCUGCUGUGCAAACGCUCAGAUUACAGAAAGAUGGAACCAAGAGUUUAAUGUAUCAUAGGUGUCUUUCCAUAGUCAUCGGAGUUCCUCUCAGAGCCAGAUGAUCUAUCAGGCAACAUAGGCUCCUGCCUAGGGGCUAGCAAACACUGAGAGGCAUACAGUACAUAACCCUAAUCCGUUUUAUGUUUCUAGAUGCAGAGGGCAGGAAAAAUGGAUUCCAAACUGGUACCUGGCCUUGGCCCCCCUGGGUUCUUAACCACGGUCUAAGGUUCUAAACCUGUUCUGUACCUACUGUAUUUAAUCUAUAUUGCUGAAUUCUGUGUCAUUAUGGAAGAUUGUGCACACAGUGGUAUGGAUAUUUGAAGAGUUAUGAAAGAGGGACGGAGUGAAUAUUGGGAGAUGGGGAGGGACGUGGUACCCCCAUGCUACGUGAAAUAAAUAUUUCACCUCUAGGUCCAGAUUUAUCAAGUCUUGGAGAGUGAUAAAUUGCAAAGUGAUAAAGUACCAACCAAUCAGCUCCUGUAAUUUUUCAAACACAGCCUGUAGCGUGACAGUUAGGAGCUGAUUGGCUGGAACUUUACCAUUGUGCAUUUUUCAAGUCUUGAUAAAUCUGGGUCCUAGUCUCUGGAAUAAACUCAUGCAAAGUCUAAAAACAAUUAGAACACAAAUAACGUCUCUCAAAAAUCAGUUUGACAAAAGCCUUUUCCAUUUCUGCUGUAUUUUUUCCAUCUAGUUAUCAAUAAAAUUAGCACUGUGAUGUAUUACCAAA